AUGGCGACACCCACCAUCGUGCGAAAAUCAGCCAGACGCGCCCACCUCGCGCAAGUGGAACCAUCCCGUUGGGAAUUCAGAUGUCCUCCUUCGACGAAAUGGUUUCCAUUGGCGGCUGCCAGUGUCCUGACGAGUCUGUCGAAAUCACGAGGAAUCUUGACACUGGAGAUCAUUGUCUACAAAUUGCAAGAUAUCGCGGAGGCCUUCGCUCUCGCCAAAGCAGCUGAGAGUUUUCGCGAUUAUGCGUUCCAACAGCGAGAAUGGAGAUCGAUUCUUUCUACUCGUCGCGACCGUCACAUAAGAGAAGUGGGAUCACUGCUGGGGUCCAACACUGUAGGUAAGCAACAUUUCACCCAGCUUUACAACCAGGCUCGCCGUACCGCAUUCACCCCUCGGAAUAUUAAGUCGGGGUGGGCGAAAGCGGGACUUUACCUCUUUAACCCCGACCGCGUCCUCCGGGAUAUCGAGAAACCGCUGACUGAAACGGUCCCAAGUGAUGGAACACCAGAAAUAGCUCCUAGUGGCGAGCUAUUGAAAACUCCAGUGACCGCCGAAAACCUUGCAUCAUUGCGCCGGAUGAUGGACCAGAAAAUCCACACCCUUGACGAUGAGAGUCAGUAG